CAGCUGUGAGAGGCCCGCGUACCGCAAAAAAGCAAAGGAAAAAAAGGCACCACCCUAGGUGAGCCCCGCCAUCGGCCAGCUCGGGGAAGCCCGGUCUGCCCAGCGUCUGCUGUUCUGGAUCUGGGUGGCCUGGGGAGCCGGGCCCUCCUUUCAGUGAGGCCAGUCGAUGUGCAGCGUUGUGCCCGGGGUCACAUGGCACCUGAGGCCUCCUCAGCUGACCAGUGCCCCCAGCUCCAGUGUCCGGGGAGGGGCCAAGGAGCCCCUUCAGGUUGGCACGGCCCAAGUGUGCAGGAUGGUGGCAGGUGCCCACGUGGGGGGUUGUCCCUGGAACUCAGAAGCCCUUGGCCCCUAAGCGUGGCCCCUGUCAGGGGGACCUGUGCUGGAAAUUCCCUCUUGAGAGCUUCCCUCUGGGACCGCCAGACCUCAGGGUAUCCGGUCCUUAGGCAGGCCUGGGUCAGGCUUCCCGGAGGGCCAAUAAGCAGAAGGAUCGAACCCCAGACAGCCGUCCAGGUGGCCCCUCCCCCUGAUGCCCAGUGUGGUGUGAGCCCCUCCUUGGGGGAGGCUGGGGGGAAGCCAGACCCCACCCCCAGCUCCUCCACCCAAAGACUCCCAGGAGUGGUCCAUCUCAGGGAAGUGACUACACUCCCCGCAGAGUUGGCUGCGGGGCCACGGCAGCUCCAGAUGCUUUCUGGGAGGGAGGGCAGCCCUGGGCAGACUGCCCUCCUGACUCAGCAGGAGAGGCCUGGAAAGCACCGUCACUGCCCUGCUUGUGCAAGCACUCUGUCCUGGGUCCGGUGGCUCCUCGGCUAGAUCGGGUCCUCCCUCCCUCCCUCCCUCCGUCCUGUCCUGGCGGGGAUGGAGUAGAGCCCUGCUUGGCCCCCUGUGGGCUCUGGGGUCACUGAGAGCAGGGAUCCAGCAGCUGGGCGUGCUUGGUGUUGGGGGAGCUUCUCACACCUGCCUCUUGCCUCCAUCUGUCCAACCCUCCUCCACCCUGACCUGGUCCCAUCCCAAUACCCAUGGCACUGCCCCCAGCACCGGGGACCAUGCUGCCCAUCCCACCUCCACAGACUGGGUUCUGCCUGGCCCAGCUGUGGUCGAAACUCAGCACAGACACACCUAACGUGUUAUGCUCACGCCCUGGCCGGGCCCCCUAGUGGGAAACGCGUGGCACUGCAAAAUCAGGGGACCGCACCAGUAGUGCACUUGGAAAUCAAACAAGUCAGCUUGUCCCAACUGACUGUCCAUGAGGUUAGUGACUAACAUCUGCCCGUUUCCCUGCAGUUGUGGCUCUAAGCACUGCAAGACAACCCUGCAAGGUAGGAGCCGUUAUCAUGCCCCUUUCACAGAUGAGGAAACUGAGGCACAGGUGAAGUAGUUGCCCAAGCCAGGUGGGACUUCUUGUCCCCCGCCCCCACUGCACCCCUGCCCCACCCUGCAGUCGUUUCUCCCAUCAGCUGGGAGAGGAAGGGGAAGCUGAGAAGGUGGGUUUAUAAAUUUAAGAGGAUUUUAGCAUGUGAAAUCAUUGUAACAGCUUAGGGUCAGGAAAAGAGAAAAUCAGCACCAGGAGGUUUGAGAAGCCAUGAAAGACAGAGUCAGGCCAUCCAGCCCUGUGUCUGGGUGCUGGGCCAGGGGUGGAAUAGCACAGAGGAGGGCAGAGGGGUGCCAGGCACUCCGAGCUCGCCUGGCCCAGACCCCUUCCCCACCUGUGUCAGGAUCGUGGGUCAGCAGGCGGAGAGGCCCAGGCUCUUCCCCGCGGCUCUUCGCGGCGUUUCAGAUCUGGAAGCAGCCUGCCUGUCUCAGGAGCGGCUGCUUGACUGUGUGGCGGCACCUCCACGGACUCCUGUGCUGUCCAUCUGCCUGGAACACAGCUGCGGCCCCGGUGCAGACGGACGUGCGGAGGGGAGGCUGGACAGCUGCUUCUCACCUCCCUUUGUAACAGCUGAUUUGUGGUGAUGAACGUGUAUUUUUUUCAUGAUUCUAAACCUCUAAGAAAGGUGAAAAGAAAGUGAGAGCUCUCUUUCAUCUCUCCCCCUCCCAUAAAUUUUGUUGGAUCCUAUCCCUCGGGCUGAUCUGGAGCUUGUCCUUCACACCUCUGAGGCUCUGUUGUCUUGCUGAUAAAAUGGGGACAAUAGCGCCCACCAGGCUGCCCAGUGGGGCCAGUAACUGCCCAGUCUGGGGCCUGGCACACAGGAAGCACCGGGUGGACAGAUGGAUGAACGGACGGACAGACGGAUGGAUGGUGCCCUUUCCGUCCACUUCCUGACCCUACCCAGCAUGGGCAUCGACUUCAGGCCAUGGCCCCCCUCCCUCACACGGCCUCCCAGAGAGGUCUCCUUUGCACCUCCUCGAGCUAGUGAAUAAACGGAUGAAUAUGUGUGUCGACUUUCUGUCCCACCAGCCACCCCUCCUGCGCUCACCUCUACCCUGUGGGCUGGUUUGCUGGUCCUGCUGGCUCUGUCUGUCCUAGACUCCCGCCCACCCUGGGUUGCCCAGUCUUGACCUCGGAACCAGCCCUGGUCCAGGGCAGGGGGUGACCCAUGGGAGGGAUGGGAGCCAGGCAGGAGAGGCAGGAGGACUCCCAAGGUUCACGGGAGCGGCCCCAGUUCUGGUUCCCUGGGAGCGAGGCAGACCUACCACCUCACCCAGCGGCCCCCUGGGGAAGGCUGACGGGGCUGGUGGGGGAGGUAGGACCCCAGGAACUCACCCACCACCCAGCUUUCUAGCUCCUGGCACCGGCUCUUCCUUUCUGCCUGGGAGCGGGGUCUGAGACCGACUACCCACAGGGGCCCACCAGAUAGAGGGAUGGACAAAAGCCACUCGGGCUGCCAGGGCAGACAACGGCCUCUGGGCCGGCAGGGCUGGCCCCCUUCAGACAGCCACCCACACUGCCCCCACGGUGCACCUCCUGUUUUGGCAGAAUGGCUUGGCUGGCGCAUCGCCCCCACAAAGUCUGGCUCCUGCUCUCAGGAGGGUCCUUCUGGGCUCUCACCCAUCAUGGGGCCUCUCAAUACCAAGGGCCUUUCUGCUCCCCGCCCCCCAGCACUGGGCAAACACCCACAGGUCCUGGGCCCUGCGAUACAGUCACGAUCAUGACCAGGGUCCCUCGUCACUCCCAGGGGGUAGGCAGUGCAGAACCACCACUUCUGGAGGGAGGCCCAUUUGACAGACGGGAAAGCCGAGGACCGUGCUUUGUGGCUCUUCGGAGGGCAGCUGCUCCGCUAACUCACCACAGGGGGCCGUGCUGGUGAAGCUUCUGGUUUCGGCGGACCCUAAGCUUUGUUUGCAUGUUUAGGGCCAGGGCCUGGCCCCCAGGCCUGAGCCAGACCCUCAUUCCUGUUCACCCGGGAGGCCAGAGGCUGUGUGCUGAGGGUUCAUCGUGUGUCACGCCACCUUACGUGAUCCCCAAUCGUAUCAUUUGAGGACCAGGAAAGAGGUUUAUGGAAUUAAAUGAGGCUCUCCGGAGGCCACACAGCCAUCGAGCCUGGGGACCAGGCUGGACCCCCGUGCUGCCCAGGCCCCAGUCCAGUUCCUCGGCUGCACUGGCCUCUGGGACGGGACAGAGCAGCAGCUGGUAUAAGACGGCAGCCCGGGCGCCCUGGGAGCCAGGCCUCCCCCAGGAGGACAUGAGGCUGCUCCUUGGGCUCCUGCUGGCCGCUGCCUUGAACCUGGAGCUCGGUGAGUCCAGGGGUCACGGCCACCUCCUUUCCAGCUCUCCCCUCCAAGUCUUGCAGUGUCGCCAGUGCAAGGGCUUUGGAGGAUGCUCCCACAAGUCCAGAUGCCCAGCAGGCUCCAGCCGCUGUAUCACUAUUGCCACCCAUGAGUAG